GUAGCGUCCCUUCUCUAGCUGCUGGUCUUCUCUUCGGUGGCUUAGCAGGGCUAGGUGCUUACCAGCAGUCCAGAGAUCCAAAGAACGUGUGGCUGUCCCUCGUGGCAUCUGGAACCUUGUCUGCUGUUAUGGGAAUGAGAUUUUACAACUCCAGAAAAGCAAUGCCUGGGAUAAUUGCUGGUGCCAGUUUACUGAUGGUUGGACGGCUUGGGUUGCAGAUCAUGGAAAAGCCUCUUAAGCCAUAA